CAGAGCAGCUCCAACGCCAACGGGUCCAGCCAGCUCGCAACGCACCGUCAUUCCCAGCAUCGCGAACUACUAUCACAACCAUCACCCUCAUCACCACCACCGCCAUCGACGCCACAUCAAACCCCAAGCCCGCAUCCCGCAAUCCCGAUUGCUUCCCACUCCGUCCGGCAUCUGCAACCGCGACAUCCACCAUCCUUCACUCCCAUUCAUCGACCGCCCGUCGCAGCCAUGGACCACCGACCGCAGGCAUGGGGCCGACCCAGAGAUGACGUCUACGGCUCCUACGACGCCUCCUUCAUGCAGUCCAACAACGGCCCCAAGCAGGCCACCCAGCAGCCCAUCGUCACCGGCACGUCGGUAAUAGCCAUCAAGUUUAGCGACGGCGUCGUCAUCGCCGCCGAUAACCUGGCCUCGUACGGCUCCCUCGCGCGCUUCACCGACGUCAAGCGCCUCCGCCCCUUCGCCAACUCGUCCGUCGUGGGCUUCUCGGGCGACGUCUCCGACAUGCAGUACCUCGACCGCCACCUCACCGACCUCGCCCUCAACGAGGCGUACGCCGACACCAGCCCCGACGCCGCCUCCCACCCGCGCCUCAACGCCGCCAACCUCCACCGCUACCUCGCCAAGCUCCUCUACCGCCGCCGCUCCAAGUUCGAUCCCCUCUGGAACCACGUCCUCGUGGCCGGGCUCGACGACGCCGGCGAGCCCUUCCUCGCCGCCGCCGACCUCCUCGGCUCCACCUACUCCUCCCCCAGCCUCGCCACCGGCUUCGGCUCCAUGCUCGCCCAGCCCAUCAUGCGCCGCUACGUCCCCGACGAGGAGUCGGCCAAGAAGCUCUCCCGCGAUGAGGCCGUCAGCAUCAUCAAGGAGUGCAUGAAGGUCCUCUUCUACCGCGACGCCCGGAGUCUCGACAAGUACUCCAUCGCCGUCGUCACAAAGGACGGCGUCGACCUCAAGACGGACGAGCAGCUCGAGAAGCAGAGCUGGGCCUUUGCCGAAAGGAUCAAGGGCUAUGGCACGCAGACGGUCUAGAGGCGCUCCGCAAUGGCGGCAUGGUGACGUGGAAGCAAGGACAGAAGAAGACGAUGCUGCGUUGGCUUGUGCAGGUGAUGCCAACUACGCGGAUGCCUAUGCGGCUCCACUAGAGAGCCAUAGAGGACUGUAACAAUAAAGCACAGAUUUCACGCGUCGAAAGCCGUAGCUACUGGGCAAUCAUGGCCUUUGCUUUGCGUCUUGCCUGAUUGCCAUCCAUACCGACAGAAAGGCACGACCUCACACAAACCUACAG